AUGGACGACAACAACGUCGAUGCCAAGGCGCUGGCAACGCUGGGAGUUAGUGUGCACUGGCUUCAGACUGGGUUCAUGGAAGAAGUUCAAGCAGCGGGAUUUGAUGAAUCGGCCACCAUCUACAACAUUGAACCCACGGUGAUUCGAGAAAAGGGCAAGGAUACGACGUGCCCCGUGGAUGGAAGAAUUGGCGCAUCCUAUGCCCAUGCAUUAUUAUUGCGUUGUCUGGAGCAAAAUAAUGAAAAGUCUGUUGUCGUUGGGCCAGCCAAUUUCAUGUUGAGCUAUGGGUGGCGAUACGCGGUCCGAGAUAUUGUGGAAACCCUUGUUGAUUUUUGCCAGUCCAGUAGCCUGGAUCCAAAAGACACCUACAUAUGGAUCUGCUGUCUCUGCAACAAUCAGCACAGAGUCAAAGAGAUUCAC